AUGAAAGCUGUGGUCCUGGCCGCGGCUGUGCUCUUCCUGACCGGGAGCCAGGCUCGGCACUUCUGGCAGCAGGAUGACCCCCAGACCUCAUGGGACAGAGUGAAGGAUUUCGCCACUGUGUAUGUGGAUGCAAUCAAAGACAGCGGCAGAGAUUAUGUGUCCCAGUUUGAAACUUCCGCCGUGGGUAAACAGCUGGGCCUGAAACUCGUGGACAACUGGGACACCGUGGGUACAACCGUUGGUCGCCUGCAGGAACAGCUGGGCCCAGUGACUCAGGAGUUCUGGAAUAACCUGGAAAGGGACACAGAUUGGCUAAGGCAGGAGAUGAACAAGGACCUGGAGGAGGUGAAGAAACAAAUGCAACCCUAUCUGGACCAAUUCCAGACCAAGUGGCAGGAGGAGGUGGACCACUACCGCGAGAAGGUGGGGCCUCUGGGCGCAGAGCUGCGUGAGGGCGCGAGCCAGAAGCUGAAGGAGCUGCAGGAGAAGCUAACCCCUGUGGGUGAGGAUAUUCGUGACCGCAUGCGCGUUCACGUUGACACUCUGCGCACAAAGCUGUCGCCCUACAGUGACAAGAUGCGGGAGCGCCUGGCCGAGCACCUGGCCAAGCUCAAGGACAGCACUAUCCUGGCCGAGUACCGUACCAAGGCCAGCAAUCACCUGCACACUCUCGGCGAGAAGGCCAAACCCGCGCUGGAGGACCUGCGCCAGGGCCUCAUGCCUAUGCUGGAGGGCUUCAGGACCACCAUAAUGGAAUGGAUCGACGAAACCAGCAAGAAGCUGAACACCCAGUGA